GGAUUAUUCAUUAUUUUCUCUCACUACCUAGGUAAACAACACAGAUCGCUCUUAGACAGAUUCGCCAGCCCAUCAAAACUAGACGCCUAAGUUCCCGGUCGCUUUUCAAAUAUGUCAACCAACUUGGGAUCCGGAUCUUCUUCCCCUGAAUUUGUAAAGUUGCUUUCAAUCGAUGGAGGCGGAAUUCGGGGUCUCUCCUCCCUUGUUCUUUUAGAACAGCUCAUGGACAAUGUCAAUUUUCUAAGGGAACAAAGGGGCGAACGCGAUGUUGAGCCGUGGGAGGUCUUCGACAUGAUUGGUGGCUGUAGCACUGGAGGCUUGAUAGCAGUUAUGCUUGGUCGGUUGAGGAUGUCUGUUGCUGAAUGCAAGAAUGCAUAUAUUGGCCUUGCCAACAAGGCUUUCACUCCCGUAAACCUCUUGCAAAACAUAUCAGCAAAGGCAUCCCUAGGCCCCAGAUUCCGAACUGAAUUUCUCGAAAGCGCGAUCAAAGAUGUUAUUGGGGAAGAUUGGGAACAUGAGCUACUCAAGGAGGACAGGGCGAGAUGCAAGGUUUUUGUUGCUGCUCAUAUCAGGGACAUUGACGCGCCGGUUUGUCUGAGAAGUUACCGCAACAUCAGACAGCCUUCUGCUAGUCUUAAUAGGAUGCUCAUGUGGGAGGCAUGCCGUGCGACAUCGGCCGCCCAAACAUUCUUCGAUAGCAUCGUAGUCGAUGGCGUCAACUAUUCCGAUGGUGGUUUACACUAUAACAACCCCGUUCAUCUUGUCCACAGCGAAGCUAGCAACGUGUUUGAGGGUCGACAGCAACUGAUAAUCAGCUUGGGGACCGGAAAGGCCGGCCCAGAAGAGUUCAAUCCUAAUCUGCUCACUAUCGCCAAACAGUUGGCUCGCAUAGCCACCGAUACCGAGAAAGCUGCGAACGAUUUCGCUCGUCAGCGGGGAGGCGAAGAUGUUAGGAAUAAUAGAUACUUCCGCUUCAAUCUCGAGAAUAACGGCAAGAUUGGUAUAGAGGAGGCUAAAAAAAUCCGCACCAUCGGGGUAUUGACGGAACAGUAUCUUGGAAUGGAAGAGGUCUCACAGAAAGUAAGGUUGUGUGCUGAACAGCUUGCACUAGGUGCGUAAGAUCCCAACGACGAUAUUC